UCAUGAAGUUUAUCAGUGAGUCAGAUUGACGGUCACUCACGAGUGCUCAUAUUGGAAGUGUUCAGCCAGAGGAAAGUCAGUCGUUUGUACAGAGAAGUAAAAGAUGAAGCUUCAGUUGUCUGUUCUCUGCCUGUGUGCGCUCAUUCUUUCUGCCUCGUGUGAGGAUGAAGUGUCUGAAGUCCUGAAACCUAGAGGACCUCGUCCUGCCGAAUCUGGCUUCAAGGCAGAUAAAUGUGCUACAGAGAAAGAGUGGCCCUUCUGCACGGACGACGAAUGGGGCAGAAAAUGUCCAUCUGGCUGCAGAAUUCAAGGCCUUCUGGAUCAAACUAACCAUGAGAUCCUCAAAAAGAUUGAGAAGAUUCGCAAUCUUCUUGACGAGGGAAAGAAAUUGCAUAGAUCUACAGAUGUGGAGUCCAAAAACACGUACAACUACCUGAGAGAGAGCCUCGUGUCCAGCGCAGGUAAUGAUAACAGAUAUUCCUCUCUGGCUGAACAGCUGAGGCAGAGGAUAGUUGAACUGAAGAUAAAUAUUGACCAGCAGCUGAGAAAGCUGGAGGAUGUUAAAGAUCAAAUCAAAACUCAGUUCCUCAGUAUCCAGCGUCUGGAGGUCGACAUUGACAUCAAGCUGCGCAGCUGUAAAGGUUCCUGUGCCAGCUCUGUUACCUUCUCUUUGGACAAGGGCAGCUAUGAAACUCUGGAAAAGCAGCUGGACCGCCUGGAUACCUUAAAGGUCCAGAGUGUGGAGACUGUCAGUUCCUUGAAGGUACUAAAGAGCAGGGUACUGAAAGACGUAAAUGUGCCAUCUAUCUACAAGUCUGCAACCGGUGGAAAAGAAAGUGCUGCACAGAAGACCUUCUUCGGUGAUGUAGGCCAGCUUCAGCUCUCCCUGGAGGCUGAGGGCUCCACAGCAGAAACGGCCGCCACCGUCAGCAAAGUCAGCACAGGUACGGGCCAAACCACACCCAUCUCUACAUCACGAGUCACCACCCAAACCCUCAGCUGCACCCAGACCGUACGCAAGAUAUCAGUGCAAACCAAAGACGGUGUUAAGGAAAGGUAUGAGACGGUCAGAACCGGGCCAGGGUGUGACAGCAUUUCUGAAGUAGAGCUCCUGAGUGCAGCUAAGGGUGGUAAAGAACUGACAUCCGGUUCAAAAUCCAUCACCACAAUCAGCCGUGAUGACGGAGACCUCGGUGUGUAUGCUGGAGACUUCUUUAAAGGACUCGGUUCUAACGGACAGGACCGUAAGUCCUUCACAUCCUCUACUUCUUCCUCUUCCUCCUCCAAAACUAUCCUUUCGGGUGGGAGCAAAGGUUUUCACGUUAAGACCGUCUUGGCAACUUCUUCACCUGAUUUCGGUGAUGACCUUGGGGAGUUCUUUCGUGGAGAUAUAGAAGAUGAUGUUCCUGAUCUACAUGCUCGCAGUUUGAAGACCCGCGACGAUCGCAAAGCUGAUUUUAUUGGCGGAGAUUGUGUUGAUAUCCAGCAGAAGCACACCGCAGGCGGUCAGAGCGGCCUGUUCAAAGUAAAGCCGGCCGACUCGGAGGAGGUAGUGGAGGUUUACUGUGACCAGGCCACAGGUUUGGGGGGCUGGGUUCUGAUCCAGCAGAGGGAGGAUGGGUCUGUUAACUUCAACCGCACAUGGGAUGAGUAUAGUGUCGGGUUUGGGAAGAUAGACAAGCAUGGAAAGGGUGAGCUUUGGAUUGGGAACAAAAUCUUACAUCUCCUUACUCAGAAAGAAAGUGUUCUGAGAGUGGAGCUGUUCGACUGGGCAGGAAACGAGGUGUACGCAGAAUACAACAUCCAAGUGGGCUCAGAGACAGAGGGGUUUCAGUUAAGAGUUUCAUCUUACACAGGAGACGCAGGAGAUGCUCUGGUGCAGGGUCAAGUUAACAUGAGUUCCUUCCUUUCACACACUGAGAUGAAGUUUAGCACGUUUGACCGAGACAAUGACAAGUGGGAGAAGAACUGUGCUGAGAUCUAUGGGGGUGGGUGGUGGUACAAUAACUGCCAGUCUGCCAACCUUAAUGGGAUUUACUACAAGGGAGGAAAGUACGAUGCUGCUAGCACAAUUCCCUAUGAGGCGGAGAAUGGAGUUGUGUGGCUGCCUUUUAAACCAGCUGAUUAUUCCCUUAAAGUGGUCAGAAUGAAGAUUAGACCUCUCUGAGCUCAGAGAUCAGGUCAUGUGUGUUGUGCUUCUUGUGCUCACCACAAUGUGAAAUACUACACAAUUAACUGAUGUCAUGUUUGCAAUAAUACUAAUAACAAUAAAAAAAAUGUGUUCACUUCA